GUCGUUCGCAGCCAUUUACUCCAUCAACAACGACUGCUCUAGCUUCAACCAGUAGAUAAGGACGGGCACUACCCUUGGAUGCAAGAUGCAAGACCGUAUACAGAAGUCGGGGGGAGUAGCAGCAGCAGCAGUAGCGCAGUGGGACAUGGCCAAGGGCAAGGACGAGCUAGAGGAUGCAAGCGAGCAGCCUCGCCCAUGGAAGGGAUGGAAACCCCAGGCGCCAAGCGACUAUAGAGUAUAGACUAUAGACUAUGUAGAUAUAUGUGUGGUGUCAAAGAUACAUUUGAGCCUGACUCUCAGCACUUUUUCCACCCGACGAUCGUUGUUUUGUUUUCAAUUUUUUCUUUUUCGGUUGUCAGCUCCUCCUUCUCCUCCCCUCCCCUCCCCCUCCUUCCUCUCCUUCCUCGCUUCUUAUCCUCGCGCCCGCCUCUCUUCUUUUCUCCCUUCUUUUCCUCCACUCCUCUCCGCCUUCUCGACCUUGACGAACGCGCCAUGACCAAAGCUGAAACCGAAACAACGACCUCGUCGCGUCGCUCGAAUAGAGCCUCAGCCACCACCACCACUGCCACCGCGGCCGCCACACCCACCGCCACACCUACCGCCACCACCACCACCGACGCGGCUAACACGACUGACGGCAUCAUUAAGCGCAAACCCGGCCGCCCUCCCGGUUCCACCAAAACCGUGCUGGCCGCCCGCAAGGCCGCCGCCGCCGCCGCCCCAAAGACCUCAACCUCGACAGAACCCCCAAAACGUCGUGGACGCAAACCCAAAUCCGCAACCACAACGAUGACUACUGAGAAGGAUGUGAAGGCUGAGCCGGCAAAGCGUGGCAGGAAACGUAAGGUGGAUACCGAGAACGAUACGACAACGACCAACAAAAAGGCUGCGGUUGCGGUUGCGAGUGAGGGGCCAAGGAAGCGUGGUCGGCCAGCUGGAUCUGGAAAGAAGGCAGCAACAGCAGCAGCAGCAGCGGCUACACCAACGACAACGGCAACGACAAAGACUGUGAAAAAGGAAGAGGCUCCUGCGGCACCUGCUGCCAAGAAGGCAUCGACAACGACGACGGCAAAAGUCGCGAAGACUGAAGGCGCAGCGGAGGAUGAUGUCGAGGGAGGAUUCAGUGGAAUCAAGUUGACGAUUGAAAGAUGCACGACAUGCACACAGUAUCACAGGAACGUCAAGCGUAUCUUUGAGUUGGCCAGUGAUCUUUACCCGCAUGCGCUUCUUCAGGAGGACGUGGUUCCCAACUCCAAGAAGUUUGAGAUCUACCUCAGCACCAACGGAUCGAAGAACAAGUUGAUCUGGAGUGGAAAAGCGCGUGCGCCUCCAAAACGAUUGGCAUUCCCAGACUCAGAUAUCUUUGUCUCUCUAUUGAAGGAGGAACUCAAGGAAAACUAAACUGUUCUUUUUUCGACCAUCCAAAACGGCACUUCUUACACUUCUCGGUCGUCUUCUCUCAUCCUCAUUACCUGUGUCGUUUGUGUCUUUCAGUAAUAUUUCAAUAUAUGAAAAUGGGUUCUUGAAAACCUACAUUGUUGUUGUUAAAUAUGACAUUUGUAAAUUAU